AUGGUCAUGUCAUUCAAUCCUGGCCGCAAGAUUCGCUCCCCGUUUUCUUGCGGAGGCGAAGAUGCGACUAGGCAGGCGGUUUCUGGCGCGGAGUCUGCAGUCUCGUCCACUAAAGGGGCAUCGACGUCGUUGUCUCUCUUUUCUCGGAGUCUGUCGCAACUCGGCUCUGUCCCUGGGGGUGGCUGCGGGCUCCCAGUUUUCACUGGCGAUCCUCCCAUGACCUGCGCCGGUUCCGCGGCACAGAGCUCCUCUGAGCGGCGUUCCGCUUGUGUGCUCGCCUUCGACGCCAACGCCCGCCGAGUGGAGAUGACCGCUGGCGGGAACGAGCCGCGCCAUGAGCGCAGCUGCUCAGGCCUCACGGCCAGCGGUGGACCUCACGUAUGCGGGAUGAUGGCCACGCAGUCUCACAGAGGCGAUGGCGGACGCGGGGGCAGGUUUGGCUCCCCGAGAAAGUUAUGUGGCGCUUCCAGCCCAGCUAGGCUGGCGCACGCGGCUGGAGGGGUCUUACGCUUGACACCGCGUCAGGGUGUAUGUACACUGGCGGCUGCUGCAGUUCGGAGCCUGUCGUUACCUCGUCGCCCCGUCGCCGGCCUGUCAGGAGAAGGCGACACUGCGCGAACGGGCGCUCGAAGCUUUUCCUUACCUCUGCCAAGAGCUACAGCGUUGACACCCUGCUUUGUCGAAACGCAGAAUCUCGCGCCCGCCCCUGCGGCCGUCCGGGCGCGUCACGUGGAUGGCGUGAUGCGAGAGGGCAGUUGUGCGCAUCCGUUUUCCGGGGCUCUGGUCCCUUCGUCUACGGGGUUGGCCUCUUCUUUCCUGUCGGAACGCUUCAACCAACCAAACCACGGCGGAGUCAACAGCUCCCAUAGGCUGUGCUCGCAUCCGGGCCCUGCUCGAGGAGAGAGCCGCUGGAUGUCGAUUGCUCUAGGCUCGUCUCGCUUUCAGCGUCAGCCUCAGGCACAUUCAGCGCUGCUCUCGGCGCGUGGUGCGCAGCAGUGCCCAGGGCCGUUCCGUGCAACUUGGCGUUCCUUUGCUUCGUUCGAUCUCUCCAAGAGUGGAAGUAUGUCUUUCACGUUCGAGGGAGCGAAUUCGCCGUUAGCGUCUGGAUCGCCUCCUUUUUCUGCGCCACCCAGCGCCCGUGGGGGGCCGUCGCCAACAGAGAGCUCUACAGCCCUGAGCACAGAGCGCCUUCUUCUGCUCGUCGCAGAAGACUCCAAGCGCGGCUUGCCCCAGCGACGCAUGCGCUUCGCUUCUCUCUUGGCGCCGCCCCCGCAAACUCCUCAGCAGCAGUGCCGCGCGGCGGGAUUCCUCCUCGACGAGCUGCGGGCGCGCGUGGCCGCGCAGAUUGCGACGCUGCAGGCGCUUGGCGCACUGCUGGAUCAAGCUGGCAGGGCGAUUCGAAACCUGCGGAAGGCGGGGGAAAAUUUGUAUAGCCCGUUGGCGCCGCUCGGCGUGGAUCCAGAGGCCUCUGCACUGAAGCUCGGUGGAGCGAGUCAGAACGGGAGUUUGAUCUCGCGACUCGAGGGCAUGAUUCGGGUCGCGCACGACACGCUGCUGCGGCAGUAUGCGAUCUUGCUUCCUUACGGAGGGCGAGAGGGCGGCUCUGCUUGCGAGAUAGGGCUCUCCACAUCCGACUCAUCCCACAGGAGGAUGUCUCGCUGCCUCGACUUCCACCGGGACUUCCUUUCGCUGAUUCCGGCUCUGCGUUCGCUGCAUCCGCGCAUCGUCACCCUGGUGGUUGCAGGGGCGCGGCAGCAGUUCCAAGACGCUUGGCAGCAUCUGGAGAAGCUCAGAGAAGAUGGCGGCAGGGGCGGCGAGAAGAUUCGCGUGGAGGGCGCCUUUCUUAUGCAGCAGUACGAGGGCCAGCUCGAGCAGACGAUCGAAGAUUUCCUCGUGCGAAACGUGAGUCUGGGGAUUCUUUUGUACCACUUUGACCACCUGCACCACCAAAUGCAGAGUCGAUGGGCUGCGAGCUCCGGUCGCCACGCGCACAGCCGUGGCACGCCGUCACUGCGUGCGUCUGACGCCCCCCACGCUCAGUCUCCCUUCCGCCUUGCGUCGCCUUUCUUCUCUACGUGUUCGCACCCGCACCACUCGCCCCUGUCCCCCCGCCAGGCGCCCGACCUGCCCCCUGCGGGGGGGGACUAUGGAUCCUCGAAAGUCCGCUACGCGCACACGUCGCUGGCGAUGGAAAGUCCCGGCGGCCGCGCGGCCGCGCGAGCCCCGACGGGCGGGGGGCAUCCAGCCGCGAGUGGUCCGGAAGCGGAAGAAUGCGAGGAGGCCCCUCUGCCUCCUGUCAUCGGCGUGUUGGAUCGCUUCUGCCAGCCCGCCGUGCAGCUGAAGGCAGUGAUUCAAGAUGCGCAGGCGCUGUGUCGAGCGGUGUCGGGGACAGCGCCUCUCGUACGCGUUUUCACUCUCGAGACCGACGCGUAUCGCCUUCGAGUCGAGCAAGGAGAGGAAACGAACGCCUACCGGGGGGAUGCCAUCUCGGCGUCGGCGGCGCCCGCUGCGGGCGUUCCCUGCGCCCUCUCCAGCGACGCGGAAGCCGUCGCGUCUCCGCCGAUCGUCUUCCCUUCGCCGAUUCUGCGGUACAUACUCGCGGAGCUGUUGAAGAACGCGAUGCGUGCGACGAUUCAGAAGCGCGAGGAAGAUGAGAAGAGGCGCAACUUGGUUGAGCGCGAACAGGCCGCGCGGCUCGGCCGCGAGGACGCGCCGGUCGAGUGCGUCGUCAUGCCUGUCUCCGGCGGCGUCUGGAUACGCAUCUCCGACCGCGGAGUCGGCAUUCGCGAAGACAAAAAGCGCUUCAUCUUCAACUGCUUGAACAAGGACGGCCAAGCGAUAAAAGACGCCGCGACGCUGUUGACUGGGGGUCUCUCCAGCGAGGGGGCACAGACCGAGCUCGGGGCGGCAGCCCCUCCCUCGCCGGGCGCGCCCAGCAACUCUAUAGGCACUGCAAAGGCCGAGCAAGAGGCGCUGGAGCAGCGUCUGGAUCGCGUGCGGGCGUCGGGCUGCGGAGUUGGUCUCUUGCUGAGUCGCGCGUACAUGAGGUACUUUGGGGGAGCGCUCAUGCUGCGCUCUACGCCUGGAGAGGGAACGGACUGCUUCCUCUUCGUUCCUUCUCUCGAGACGCGAAGCGAAAACUUGCCGUCCUCCGCGGUGCCUGCCCUCUGGGGCGGCGCAGACGCCCGACCCCGGGACUCGCUCUGCGCAGAGGGUGGGGGGGGACCGGGGGGUAGGGACGCCAGCGGGCGAGCCGGCGGAAGGCUCGACGAGGAAUCGCAGAUCCCUGAAGAACUGCUGAUGGACGGCCUGCGUGCGUGGACACGCAGCAGGCUUGUGUGCGAGGUUUGA